AGUUGUUGUAUGUGUUACAGGAGGGUGUGGGGGCUUGAGUGUGUGAGUGAAAAUGGAUUCUAGCAUGAUAUCCGAGUUUCUUGAAUGCUCCGUGUGUUUGGAGACAAUGGAUGGAACUUCGAAAGUUUUACCGUGCCAACACACGUUUUGCAAGAAAUGCUUGGAGGAUAUCGUGGAGUCUCAUAAGGAACUGACGUGUCCUGAGUGUCGGUUGCGUGUGACGACGAGGGUCGAAGACUUGCCUCCGAAUAUUCUGAUUGCCAGACUCAUCGAAGGUCUCAAGAAGGUUCGUUUGUCUGACGAGAAGGAACGAAGCGUUGCUCUUGAAGUGCCUUCCGAAAAAGACGCAAGUUUGGUGAAGAGGGAAACAAGCGCGGCUGUGCCUUCACCAUCUUCGGGAUCACACUCCAUGAAUGUCAUUGGAAUUCCUACUCGUGAAGUCAGCAAAGCGUCGAAUGAAACUAGUCCGAGGCACAAUCUCGGGGUGCAGCGGCCUUGUGCUCGUGCUGUUUAUUCCUAUUUGUCUCCACCCAUGGGUCAAUUGAGUUUCAAGGUGGGUGAUAUCAUCUAUUUAUUGGACCGACGAGACGAAUGGUUCUACGGAGAGUUGAACGGUCGCAAGGGCUUGUUUCCGAGACGCUACGUGAAAGUGUUGAUUGCUUUGCCGCCGUCUCAACCCAUGCCCGGUGUGCCACUGCCCAUUGUGACAACGUCUGCCCCUUUGUGUGUUGCAUUGUACGAUUUCUCCGACGAAAGUGCCAACGAUGGGAACAUCAAUACUGCGAAGGACAAGUGCCUUUGCUUCAAAGCUGGUGAAAUAAUCACGGUAUUGCGUCGUGUAGACGCCAACUGGGCGCUUGGCAAACUGAACGGUGACGUUGGUAUUUUCCCACUGCCAUUUGUGCAAUUGAAUCAGUUUGCUCGAGCACUUCUCAAGCACAGCAGUGCCGCCUCUGCAUCCAUCAACAGCAAACCAGUGCCUUCUGCGAACAGCUCUGAACCGCCGCGAUCCUUGCACGGCGUCAAUCAGUCCGGACUGAAUUCGCCGCCCAACGAACCCCGCGGGGAUCAUCCAACAGGAAUGAAUGGGAAUUCGAGUAGUCACCCGGGCCAGGCGACUGGGUUCGUGGCGGCGGCGACAACGAAUGUUCCACGAUGCAGAACCGCCGUUUCUCCGGUGGCCUUUGGAUCCUCUGCGUUGACGGACGUUUUGCGUCAGUUGGACCCCCUGAUGUCGCCGUUUAGGAAUCCGAUUGGUUCUACGGCGGCUACUGGGGGACAAGUUGCUGCUGUUGGUGGCGCCGCAGCCGCCGCUGCUGCUGCUCCGGGCCAACCGCAAGUCGCAUCCGGAAUGACUUAUGAAGCUCUCUAUUCGUACUCUCCGCAAAAACCGGACGAGUUGGAGUUGGUGAAGGGAGACAUAUAUGCGGUCACCCAGUUUUGUCAGGACAACUGGAUCAAGGGUGUUCAUUUAAGAACUGGACGAUCCGGUGUGUUUCCCGGCAACUACGUUCAACCAGCGAGUAAUCCAUUGGUGUCGCAGACAAACAUGGAGCAGUCCGGUGCGACUGCUUCACCAGUCGCAGUUUCUUCUCGUACUCCUUCUCGUGGAUCUGGGUUGCUGAAAAAACUCUCCACCAAAAGAAGAGGUUCGGCAGCAGCUUCUUCAACUAGUAAUUUACUUGAUGAAAGACCUGGAUUACUGGAAAGUGGAAGAGCGGAAGGAUUCGAAGAUUCUUUCGUUCCGUAUUCUCACGGUGCUCAAGGAGUUGGACUCCAUUCGAGGUCUGGCUCAUGUCCAAGUCAGCUGAUCAAUGUGACCUCGGUUACCCCGGGUCCCUCUCGGCUUUCCCCUGCUCCAUUGUCGGUUAAACUGCCUCAAAGGAUUUUCAGAUCUGUUUCCACGACGAAUGGGAAGAAAAAUCCGUCGUCGCCGGAAGACGGUGCUGUCCCAAGUCGGCGCCCGAAGACCCCACCGACCACCAUUACAGUCGAAAGAUAUAGAUGCAUCGCUGCGUACCCAGCAGCGAGUCCACAAGAGCUCAAUUUGGCCUUUGGUGACGUAGUCCACGUGCAGCGUCGGAGCAAAUCGAAAAACGGUGAUUCUGACAACUCUGAAGGGUGGUUGAAGGGCAAACACGCCGCAACCGGCAAUACUAGGAAUGCCAAGAUUGUUACCACGACCAACGCUGGCAUUUCCACCACCGCAACAGCGAGAAGCGAUUCGUUGUUUGUUCAUCGUGACUCUAAGGAGAACAAUCCAAACACUCCUUUUGAAUUCACAUCGGAAAAUAUGAAGAGAGCUGAAGCCAUUAUGGAAAAUUACCCUGUGGGUCACAAGCGUGGUGCUGUUAUUCCGCUUUUGGACCUUGCCCAGAGGCAACACGGUUGGUUGCCGAUUUCAGCGAUGCAUAAGGUUGCCGAAAUUUUGGACAUGCCCAAGAUGCGAGUCUACGAAGUCGCCACUUUCUACACUAUGUUCAAUAGGAACCCGAUGGGCAAGUACCAUGUGCAGAUUUGUACUUGCACCCCGUGCUGGCUGAGGGACUCGGAUCGUCUUGUAUCAGAAGUGAAGGAAAAGCUUGGCAUCAAGUUUGGCGAAACGACGAAAGACAAGCUGUUUACCCUGAGUGAAGUCGAGUGUCUUGGUGCUUGCGUGAAUGCCCCUAUGAUGGCCGUUAAUGAUGAUUAUUAUGAGGAUCUGAAGCCGGGAGACGCUGAGGAAAUCUUGGGCGAACUAGCUGCUGGGAAAAAGCCGAAAAUGGGUCCUAGAACUGAAGGCAGAUUCUCGUGCGAGCCCGCCGGAGGCCUGACCUCCUUGACGGAAGAACCCUAUGGGCCAGGGUUCAAAGUCCGUAGUGAUUUGUGAUAGAAUGUCGUAGCUUGUGUUUAUGAAAAAAUUGCAGACAAGCUCUUUCGGUUAUUAUCCUUUACGGAUUCCCUACUGCUAGUGGCUCACGUUUUAUUUUCUCCAUCUUUCAUGAUCCUCGCUCGAUUGUACUCGGAAUUGAUAAACCUCCGUCAAAUUCGAUA